CAGUCCACCUGAAAUAACAUUACCAGCUGCCAUCGAACGACGCCCGGGGAAUACCCCAUCUAUAUAUAGGUACUCAACCUGAACAAACAGUGAUUCUGCGCAGUGCUUCUUCGGAGUUAGCUCGAAUGACGAACCGCGAAAAGUUGUUGUCUGCUAUAGUACAAGACUUAAAAGUCUUAGCCAAGUCUUCAUUCAAUAACAGCGCUAACAUUGCGAAGACUUCAUCAGCUGCUGAAAAUUUCCUGUUCUCGAUAUACAAAGCAGGAGUCUCAGGAAUAGAUUACACGCCUGAGGAGAAGAAAACCAUAGGUCCUUUAAUACCACCGGCGCUCCAGGCAUUGGGCUACAGGGUGUUUACCCUUGACAACAGUUUUGGUUCAGUAAGUGUAGACUCCAGCCGAAUUGAAAGGUCAGGUCUUCAGUUUCUGCUGGACGACUUCAAAGAUUUUCCUGCUAGUGCUGAAGACGAAUCACAGACUUUGGAAAACGUUUUGAAAGAAUUUGUUGAUCGUGAAGACAUUGAAAGCCUAGACGAACACCUUAAGAGCUCUGUAUUCGACCCGUACAUAGAAGACGGUGUAAGAAGUCAAAGUUUUGAAGAAGAAAUAGGCAAACUUCCCUCUACACAUUGGUGGUUCUCUGUCUAAGUAUUAUAAUACUUAAAUAAUUUUAACAUGGUUAACUGGAAUUCUAAUGAUAUCAAAGAAUUUAAGAAACAAGCAAAAGCAACCCAACAAGAGUAUGAGGAUCUGCUGGGCGAUCGGGAAUGGGAUGUCAUAGAGGCGUGGGAAUGGACCAUUUUUCGAAAAAAAGUUGGAUUCGGGUUGUAUGGUCCUCCGCAUACUGAACCCAGUUCUGACAAUCGUCAAACAGGAUACAAGAAAGAGCAGUUAGAGCAGAUUGAGACAAUAUGUGACCAAUUGGUCGAUGGUCUAAAUUUUAAAAACCAAAAUAUCCUGUUUGCUUGCAUCUUUGUUGUAGGAAAGAUAUGGAAUUACCGUUUCACAGUUCCAGUAUUUAAAGCUAAGCGCGAUUGUAAGAAUAGCAACGGGUGCAACUAUGUUGAUGGUAACGCUCGCAAAUACAGUUCUUGGAAGGAUGACUAUCUUCAGGCAAACAACUUACCAAAAUGUGUUUAUUGCUACCCAACACGUGGAAAAUACGAGCGCAACAGUGAAAAUGAAGUUUGCGUAUCAUUUGGUACCUCACCCGCUUGCGAUUUCGUCAACCGAGUGUUUGGUAUCUUCGAUACCGUUUCUACAGUGGUGACGGUAGGUGCUACCGUUGUCGGAGUAGCUGCUCUCUGCACUGUACCUAUUGCUGGGCCUUUAAUGGCUGCAACAGCUGUGGGUAGUGUAUCGACAGGGGUUUACGGGGUAGCACGUAGUAGCCACGCUUUAUACGACCGUGCUACACACGGCCAAAAUAUAGGCUUGGACGACGCCGAUGCUCGGGGAUGUUGGUUGGCAAUUAUUGGCUCAAGUCUUGGAUUUGCUCAGGGGCGAAUGAUUUCAUCUAUGAAGAAUGCCGCCAGAGCUGGUGAGGUAAUGGGAAAAGCUGGUCGCAUCGCAAUUUUGGCAAUUCAAACGGGAAGCCUUACAGUUAACGGUAUUGGGAUUGUUCAUGGCCUUGCUAAUCUCAUCGAUAAAAAUGAUCGCAAUGAACUUACUCCCUUGGAUGUGUUUCAAUUUAGCGCAUCUGUCUUGUUCUUUACCAAUGCUGCUAUUAAUAUGAAAACAGCUAGCACCAUCAUCAAAGAAGUGCAACAUGAUGUUAUUAAUUCCCAUCGAGAAGGCCUUUCUCCUGAAGCUAAAAUAUUGUUUAACAAGCAAACUGACAGACUUCGCGGCCCUCGUGAAAUGCAUGGAAACGCAAAAGUUGUGAAGCAGUUGCACAAUGAUUACUUACAUUGAUCCCGUGAAUAAAGCUAAAGCCAUUGUCAUCAAUUUUAAUAGAACAGAAGAUGUCACAUCGAUAAUAGCUACGGUCAUGUAUAAUCGGUAAAGGCAGAAGAUACUAAUCCAUAAGUGGGCGUGGCGCUUUCUGUCUAAUAUGUACUAUUAUAAUAAGUUUUUGAUGAAAGAAAACGACCUCAAAAGUUUGCUUAUCCGCUUUCGCUGUGUUCGUUACAUCUAUUUGCCCAGUUUUAUUGAAAUCGGUUAACGGAAAGUGGGGAAAAUCCAAUGAACCGCAUUCACCCCUUCAUGUGCCACCCUUAGAGAUGGAAUAUUUUUUUCAAAUUUGAUCGGGACCGCUGCUGAUGCUGACCGCUCCUUUCCAACAACAAUCAUAGAAAUCGGUUAAGAAAUGGCGGAGUAAUCGCGUUAACAUACACCCAAAAAAUAUCCAACAAAGAAAACCUCUACCUUUUUUGAAGUCGGUUAAAAAUGAAGUAUCAUGUACAAAAUCUUGCCUAUGCCUAUUAAAUUUGAGGAUUUCCCUCGAUUUCCACGGUAUCUCCUCAUCAUAUUCUGACUUGGUGACAACGGGGCCCCGUCGAAAGCAUGCCGGGGCCCUUACAAACAAAAAGAAUUUUCAAAAUCGGUCUUCAACUGACGGAGAAAUCGGUAAACAUACAUAAAAAAUACAUACAGUCGAACAAAGAACCUUCUGCUUUUUUGAAGUUGGUUAAAAAUAACAAAGUGGUAAAAAUAUAACAUUAAUUUAAUUAUGAAAAUCAUCCACUCAAUAUUGGCCAUACGUUUACGAGAUCAUUUGCUAUCGCUAUAAGACGUUUUCCAAUACCUAUGUAGCCUUCGAUCAUGUAGCUGUUAAGUUAUAUUCGCAAUUGAUUUAGUACAUACGAAAGCUGUUGCAGCGAAGCGCCACGUAUAUGAAUAAAAUAAAUUAACACAAUAUUAUGGACGGAAGUACCAAUGUGUACGUAUAGUAAUCGAAGUCUUACACAUACACACUUAUUAGUGCAUCGAAUAAUUGAAGGAAAAUAUUUUUAAUUAUUCAGAAGAAGAUGCUUAAUCAUUCCAUCAUCACCAGUAUAGGUCAUCAAAAUAAUUCUAUUUUAUACGUGUGCGGACUUGUAUUCGUAUUAAAUGUUCGUUUUUUGUCCUUUAAACUUUUUGUAUUCUUUUCUGCUUUUUAUCGCGCUUCUUACGACUAAAGAAAUAUACUUUUCUGUCUUAAAUCAGGUUUAUAUUAAGUAUGUUAUUAUUUGUAUUGUUUCGCUCCUCACAAAUAUCUUAAUUAAUGGUCUGGUCUAAUGUAUUUCAUUACAUGAUCUGGUACAGUCCCACCAUGAGAUCGCAUCUCCUGCCAGAGAGGUCUCUUUGAAAAUCAGUGAUGUGCAAACUAAGCCUGCACAGCACUUACUGAAUUAAGAACCCUCAUUUUUAACCACAUUUGUAACGAUUUCUACACCGUUUGUAACCAUAGUUAUAGCAUUUUGUUUUAGUUCACAAUCUAUUUAUAAGACUUUUCAUUUGUAUGUUUUGUGUUUCUUUUUUUGUGCGUGUGGCAAAUACAUUAAUUUGGGAUAUAAUCCAAAAUUUAAAAAACCAGAACAAACACAUUGCCUUAUAUGUUUUACAUAGAAAAUGAAACUAGACAAUUAUACUGGUUACUUUCAGAGUAACAUCUCCAAUAAAAGUCAUUAUGUUCCGUGAUGCGUAAAGCAGGAUACGCGUAAUCCUUACUUUAGGAAAUUUGGAUGCUUGUUGUUUCCCACUAAAUGUUAUUUUUUUAUAUUCUUUCUCUUGUCAACUUAUCUGCUUUCAUUGUCGUUUUUGUAUUUGAUGUAGCUUUUAGUUUUUGGUUUUAUAUAACUCUACGUUAGGCCGUGCACGAUAUAAGUAUAUCAGGAAGUAUUUUUUAAUUCAGUUAUAGACUACUUUAUUAUUAGCCACGCAGACGAUGCUGCCAUCAUCUUCAGUGGUUGCAGCUGAGAUACAAAUAAAUAUGUAAUCAAGGCGAGUGUGAUAUGUCGCGGACAGCAGCCUGACUUGGGAACAACCUCCUGGCUCUACCUGCCGGAAACUAAACUCAUGUUUUCACAAGACUUGUGCAUCUGCGUCAUCGGACUCCCCACAUGUUUCUGUUCACGGCUGUAAGUCUGACCGGCGAGCUUCGUGCCAACGCCAAAGCGCUAUCCCUACCAUAACUGCGCAUAAGACAUUCGCAGAGAGGUGCGUCAUGUCAUAUAACUAAACGUAUGUUAACUAAACGCCUUCGCCACCCCUGCAAUAUUAUAUUAAGUAAAAUUAAGCUCUAUCUACUUUGCUUUUAUUUAUAAUUCGUAUUAUAUAAAUUCAAAACCAUCAUUAUUAAACUUGGUUUUGGUAUUGUACACACUUUCCACUCGCGGUAUUCUCAAACUAGUAACAAAGGCACUUUGAUUUUAUUUAUUUUUAUUUCCGCGGGGAGGGAAUAAAAAUUUAAAGUUGAUUUGUAACGAAGAUGUGUUUCUGGUUUUGUAAUUCAAUACGAUUUAUAUAUAAUACAUGUACUUGGAAAUAUUUUUAUUUUUAAUCACAUUUUGAAAUCGAAAUUAAAACUAUGUACCUACAUUUUAUAUAAAUAUAUGUUGUCGC